UCCCACUUUCCCAGGUUCUUUCUUCAUUCGUCUUCAAUCAUCAAAACAAUCAACCGAAAAUUUUGUGCUUGAAACUUUGUUGAAAAGUGGGAGGAUUUUUCAAAAUGAAAAACGUAUUUUUCGCAGUUUUCCUUUGUUGUGCCUUAAAUAUCAGAAUAAACAGUGCGAGUGAAGAUGCUUACAUUUUGUAUUGUCCUUGCAUGGGGCGUUUUGGUAACCAGGCAGAACAUUUCCUGGGUGCGUUGGGCUUUGCCCACGGUUUGAAUAGAACACUGGUGCUCCCACCAUGGGUUGAAUAUAGGAAAGGAGCAGCAAACUCGGUUCAGGUACCGUUCGACACUUAUUUCCAGGUAGAACCCUUGUCCGAAUACACCCCAGUGGUUACGAUGGAAAAUUUCAUGAAAAAAAUAGCACCAACAUUGUGGCCACCGGCGCAACGUAUUUCCUUCUGCUACACGGAAAGGAUGGGAUUGGAUGGAAGUACAGGUGGUGGAUGCAAUGCUAAAAGUGGUAACCCUUUUGGCCCGUUCUGGGAUACGUUCGAAAUUGAUUUUGCCAAAUCGGAGUUUUUCGGACCCAAACUAAACUACGACAUUCACCACCAUGAUAUGGCCUACAAAUGGGCAGAGAAAUACCCGCGUGAAAAGUGGCCUGUGAUUGCUUUCACUGGAGCGCCGGCUAGCUUCCCAAUACAAAUUGAGAACCGUAAGCUGCACAAGUAUAUGAAGUGGUCAGUUACCAUUGAAAAUGCAGCUCGUGAAUUCAUUCAAAAUGCACUGCCCAAAGGAGCAUUUAUGGGAAUCCAUUUGCGAAAUGGCAUCGACUGGAUUAGGGCAUGUGAACACGUCAAAGACAGCGCCAAUUUAUUUUCGUCGCCGCAAUGCCUCGGUUAUCGAAACGAGAAGGGAUCGCUCACAUUGGAAAUGUGUCUUCCAUCGAGCGAUACCAUAAUCCGUCAGAUCAAGCGGCAGAUCAAAAACCACAAAGAAGCUUAUAAAAAUAAUGACAUUAAAUCGGUGUUUGUGGCUUCUGAUAAUAAUCACAUGAUACCCGAUCUUACCGAGGCACUGAAACGGAUGGACAUUGCGGUGAUUAAAUUGCCAGAGAACAAUCCCCAUCUGGAUCUAGCCAUUCUUGGGAUGUCCAACCACUUCAUCGGAAACUGUGUAUCGUCGUACUCGGCUUUCGUUAGGAGAGAACGCGAAGCAAAGGGUUUUCCGUCCACAUUCUGGGCCUUUCCGGCAGAAAAACACAUGUCCAAGACGACGAAAGCCAACGGUGGCUCGGUGACGCAUGAAGAGCUGUGAUUGUGUUGAGAUUACUACGCGAUGAUCGAUCAUGAGAUCAUUGGAUGAAACAGAAGUGCGAGUUGUGGCAAAUAAAACACAACAAACGAGGCUGACCCAAGGUUUAUCGCCUAUGUGUGAACGAUGCACAUAAACUUUUUUACUCUCACAUUAGUGGACGAUGGUUGUUUUGGUUUGUCUAGCGUGCGUAAUAAUAUGGAGGGUAGAAGUACCGGUUAUGGCUAUUAGGAAGAAGCUUGAGCGUAUUUCAUGUGGCAAUAAAAUUGAUUUAUAAAAUUCAUAAAGAUCAAUGUUUUUCUGACUAACAACCGAGGAUGCUUUUAUUAGACAGGAAUAUUUUACACAAAGCUGGUCAGAAACCAUAUGUUUUCUAGAUUGAUUAGGAAUAAAUGUAGCCUACAAUCAUCACUGGUACUUCUUCUCUCUUUGCAUAGGACUAUGGUUCUGGUAGCUUGUAUUUCGGUUUGAUCUAGUAUAAUAGCAAACGAACACAACCCAUGGUAAGUUAUCUCUCUCUCGUCGUGCAACCUUGCUGGUGGUGCGUUUUUGUUGACUGAGUGACUAGUAUUAUUCAGUACUGACCCACAAGAACUGGCGGUUUGUUUUCGCGAAUAAAAAACAAUUUCGGUUAGCAGAUUAAACGUUAUUUUAUGGCACGAACGAUUUGCUGUGAAUGAAUGAGCACGUAUGUUUUUUUUCUUGUUUGUCAGACAAUAUUACUAGAACUAUAAUAGACUUAGGAAAAAUAAGUAUUCUAAACUAAUAAUGAGGAUGAUUGAGUAUUCUGGAGACUGAUGUUAUUAUAAUACAUAUAAGGAAAAUAAUUUAAAUGAAAACAUUGAUAUAUCGA